AUGGAUGUUUUAGAGGACGAUGAUGACGAGGAUUUUACUGAUGCUCGAGCAUAUCAAUCUCUGUCCGAAGAUGAUGAACCACGAAAACCAGCAGCAAAGAAGAAGGAAAAUGACGAUGGCUUGAUUGUCGACCCUUCAUUUGCGGCCUUCCACUUUGCAUCUAAAAACGGGCCACCAAAGAAGCUGAUCAUUAAGAAGUUGAAACCUCUGGACAAGAAGAACAAUGAAGAUUCGCUGAAGAAAAAUUGGGAGCUCCUUUCGGAUAGCAUUGAAGCCAUUCAGCAACGCUGUGGAGUCUCGACAUCAUUGGAAAAUCUUUAUCAGACUGUUGAUACGCUAUGUAAAGAAGGGAAAGCUGAUGAAACUUACCUCAAUUUGGAGACAAAGCUAGAAAACUAUUUGCGAAAACAAUGUGAGGAAAUGCGUGCAAAUGGUCACACUCAAGGACUUGAUAUGUUGAAUGCCGUGAACGCCUUGUGGGAGAUGUACAUAGAACAAUUGGAAGCCCUUAUCUCAAUCUUCUUGGUGCUGGAUCGGUUUCAUGCAAUCAAUAAUCGUCAGAUGCAAUCCAUCUACGAUAUGGGAUUGACUACAUUUCAUGGAGUUGUUCUUGACACAUUUGGAUUGGGUCAACGAAUUGGGCUCGUUUUGGUCGAUCAAAUUACCGAAGAGCGAAAGGGUGAAAAGGCAAACACAAAUCUUCUCCGCUCCAGCAUUCGAAUGCUAUCCGCUUUGUGUGUUUACACGCAACUCUUCGAAGAGACGUUCAUUUCUGCAUCGGCUGCUUUUUAUAAAGAGGAGGGUGAAAAACUCGUGCAAGAGCUGGAUACUUCUGCAUAUCUCCAUCAUGUGGAUUCAAGGAUACGUGAAGAAGAGACCAGAUGCGAUCUCUAUCUGAACUACACAACAAGAGUGCAUUUGUUUAAUGUACUUGACGCGCGUUUGAUAGCGAAAGCGAUGGAGAUUUUUGUCAAGAAAGGCGCCGCCGAAUUGCUUGAGCAGACAAAAUACGCGGAACUGAAACUGAUGUACGAUCUUUUGGGGCGUGUGACGAACGGGAGAAAUAUUUUGAGAACAGAAUUUGCUGAUUUUAUCAAGAAACAUGGACGAAAUUUGGUCAACGAUCCACAACGGGACGCAACGAUGGUGAAAGAUUUGAUGAGUUUCAAAGAAAGGAUGGAUUGUUGUGUUUCCAACUCAUUUGCCGGUGAUGAGAAAAUAGGACAGGCCGAGAAGGAUGCUUUCGAUUAUUUCAUUAACACACGACCGACGAGACCGGCAGAGCUUAUUGCAAAAUUCAUGGAUGCUCGAUUACGCGCCGGAAACAAAGAGAACAGUGAAGAAGAGUUAGAUUCGGUAAUGUAUCGCGCGAUGCAAAUUUUCCGAUUCAUUCAAGGCAAAGAUGUCUUUGAAGCGUUCUACAAAAGAGAUCUCGCAAAACGAUUGCUUCUCAGCCGAUCCGCCAGCGUUGAUGCAGAGAAAGCGAUGUUGUUGCGAUUAAGACAAGAAUGUGGACCUGGUUUUACGCACAAGUUAGAGGGCAUGUUCAAAGAUAUGGAUCUCUCAAUUGGGCUCAAUCAAGCUUUCAAACAACAGAUGGCCGCUCAUGGUGCGUCACUUCGACCAGAUCUGACGGUAAAUGUGCUCACAAUGGGAAUGUGGCCAAAAUAUGAUCCUAGCGAAGUAGUGAUUCCUCCAGAGAUGUCGCAAUGUCUACAACAAUUCUCCGAUUUCUACACGCAAAAGCAUUCCGGGCGCAAGCUACAAUGGCAGCAUUCACUUGGACAAGCACUCCUUAAAGCCGAGUUCCCUCAUGGGACAAAAGAAUUGCAAGUUUCCCUCUAUCAGGCCACCGUCAUUGUGCUCUUCAAUUCAAGGAACACUUGGAAGUACGAGGAUAUUUUAGCAGCGACGAAGAUCGAAGAAAAAGACCUCAAUCGAACACUACAAUCACUGGCUUGUGCAAAGCAUAAGGUGCUUCAAAAAUCUCCGAAAGGAAAAGAUGUUGAGAAGAGUGACGAGUUUACGGUGAACGUCGACUUUACGGAUAAGCUCCACAGAAUUCGAAUUUCACAAGUACAGAUGAAAGAAACGGCUGCCGAGAAAGCGCACGUGGAAGAAGAAGUUUCCGCGGAUCGUAUUUACCAGAUCGACGCGGCUUUGGUGAGAACGAUGAAAACGAGGAAAACGCUCACACAUCAAGGACUACUGCAAGAGCUCUUCUCACAAUUACGUUUCCCCGUGAAAGCGGUUGAUGUGAAGACGCGGAUCGCUUCUCUCAUCGAACGCGACUAUAUGACACGUGAUGCUGCCGAUUCAAACACUUAUCAUUAUGUGGCU